AGAAAUUUAGCCGAGAGCAAGAAAAAUGGCAGAUAAUAGAGGAAGCCUUUCUUUCUUUACAACCUACCGUCCAACUGUGAAAUUUGAUAUCUACUCAUGUCCAAUCUCACCAACGUCUAUAGAAGAUGAGAUAUGCAUGACUGAUGAAUUGUCCUACAAUAGCAAUGGGCACUUCAUUGCACCUGAAGCUCUAAAAAAAAUUCUCAAACAUCCCAAAAUAGCUUCUGAAGUUGACGACGACGAUGUCGAUUCAGGCCGUCUAACCGGCCUGAUUUUUGUCUCCGAACGAGGUAACGGCCUCGAAACACUUCAUUUGUCGCUUCGACUUGAUGAUGAGCCACCCGUUUACGAAGUCUUCCCUAUUUCUCAUCUUUACCACACUUUCAAUGGCGUGCGCAUGGAAGAUAGUGGGUGUAUUGCCGGCGAUUAUCUUAUCUAUGUCACCACCAAGGACCCCGCCUCGGAGCGUCGCCAACCUUGGACUACCGUCUAUAAGACCCAUCUUAUUACCGGAGAAACUACCCGUCUCACACCAGAAGGACUAGCUGAUUUAAGCCCUGCAGUAUCACCUUGCGGAACAAAGAUAGCAAUGGCAUCCUUCGAAGGAAAGUCGUGUGGUUGGGAUGGCGAGAUUGACUACCUAAAUACUAACAUAUUUGUGAUGAAUGUAGAGGAGCCCUAUAAUCGCGAGAUGGUUGUCGAAGAUGGUAGUUGGCCGACAUGGGGGAGUGAAGAUGUCCUAUUUUUCCACAAGAAAGAGGGAGCUCAUUGGGGUGUGUUUCGAGCCGAUAUCAGCGACGGCGGUUUGACGUCGGACAUCACUCGUGUCACCCCUGAUGACAUUGAUGCUGUAACACCAGCAGCCAUCGACGACACCACGGUUGUAGUGGCAACUAUCCGUGAGUCAUCAGAUUUUAGUCAUGCCAAACGUGAUGUUGAUCAGUAUCGACAUAUUGAAAUUUUUGAUAGUAGUGGAGAGCAAGAAGCCAUAAAAAUCACUGAGAACACCAAACCUAUGGCUGAUCACUAUAACCCCUUUGUGAUAGCUGACUACAAUGGUGAGAAGCGCAUUGGUUAUCAUCGGUGUAAUACAGAAUCUUUAGAUGAGGAUGGUCCCGAUCUCCUUGAUAAGCUCGAAGAAGUCGAAUCUCCAGAACCAGGUGUAGAUUUAUUUAGGAUGUCGGGAGCUUUUCCAUCCUUUUCGAAAGAUCACACCAAACUCGCAUUCAUUGAUAAUGAGUUCAAGACUGUGUAUGUUAUUGAUAGCCAAGGGUCGCAUAUUGUUUAUCAGGCAGAAGAGCCGAACAGGGUGUUCGCACCAGUUUGGAGCCAAGAAUCAAACAAGGAUACGCUUUAUAUAUGUGAAGGACCUGCUUUCAAGGCCGACGCAACAGUUGAGAUAUGUGCAAUCCUUGAUGCAUGUAGUGGUGGUCAACAUCAACUUAAACGCCUAACAAACGGUUUUAAUAAUGCCUUCCCAUGUACCAAUCCAGACGGAACAAAACUAGUAUUUCGAUCAACGAGAGAUGGAGGGGAGAAGAAAUACAAAAAUCUAUACAUAAUAGAAGAUUUACAGUCAAUGGAAAAUGGGGAAGGUGAAAUAACAAGGCUAACGAAUGGUCCUUGGGUUGACACACAUUGUGAUUGGUCUCCAAGUGGAGAGUGGAUAGUAUUCGCGUCCAACCGCAAUAGGACUACAGAGGGUAUGGACCAUGGUCUUGACACAGGUUACUUUGCAGUCUAUCUAGUGAAGGCUGACGAUCCAGAUGUGUGGGUGAAAGUCAUUGGAAGUAGAAGUGGUGAUCUUGCAGGGCAUGUGAACCAUCCAUUCUUUAGUCCUGAUGGAAGGAGCCUUUCUGUGGUUUCGGAUCUUGCUGCUGUUUCCUGUGAUCCCAUCUCAUUACCUCAGUUUAUCCAUUCUGCAAGGCCAUAUGGAGAACUUUUUAUUCUUGAUAUCGACCACGAUGACAUAUAUGCGAAUGAGGAUGUAGAGGAUUAUAGGCGCAUAACACAUACUAGGUAUGAAAAUUCAACUGCUGUUUGGUCUAGCUUCUCACGUCACGGCUUUACUCAAGUGUGGAAAGAAUUCUUUACCCGUCAUAAGCACAAGCUUAACAAUCAUGCACACGACGAUGGGGGUGAAACUUGGCAUUCCACUGGUCACAUCUGCGUACAUGCACCAAGACGCUGUUAAAAGCUUCGGUUGUCCUCGGUUUUUAGCUAGUUUGCUGCUUCCUGAAUUUUGAUUGUUUAUGAAGUACUGUAUGGCUUCAUGUGAUUUGUUCUUUAGUAUUUAGUUUGAGAAUAAAUAUAUUGGAUGUUGAUUUUAUAUCUCCCUUCCAGCACCACGAUAUAAAUAUCAACUCAAGAGUGUCUAGAGAGUUUAUUAUGUUAAAGAAUGUGAGCCCAAAUUACAAGGGACAUAAGAUUUUUACUUAGGAAAGUAGUAGUUAUUAUUAGUCAAGUUACAUGGUUUUACUAAUCUCUUAAAGGUUAGGUUUUACAUGUGACAAAAAGAUGGUAUUUAUCGCAAUUAAAUUGGAUUGAUAGUUUUCAUAAAAAUUGUUUUAACUUGUGAGAUGCAUGUUCAUGGAGGUAAA